AUGAUUUUGUUUUUCGUUACUGACACCGUUUAUACCGUAGAUAUAGAUGAAUGCGCACAGUCUACUUGUCACGAGCACGCGAGAUGUAACAAUACAGUGCCUGGAUAUGUUUGUGAAUGCAGGCAGGGAUAUUUAGGAGAUGGUAAAAACUGUACAGAGAACAAACCACCUCAAUUUUCGACGCCAAAUAUGUUACUUGGAAUCUACGAAGAGUCUUUGCGAGUUCAGAUCAAAGCCGAGGACCCUGAAGAUCAUAAAAUCACAUUUACUUUGUUGGCGAAUGGAUCAUUAAGCCUAAGUUCCGCUUCGAUCACAAAAGAUGGACGCAUGGAUAUAUCGCUAAGUGGAAAGAACGGAACAGUCUAUGUUCAAGUUGAAGAUGUGUUGGGUGGAAGGAACGUGCUAAUUCUUCACGUGAAUGCCAUGCAAUGCCUAUGUGAACACGGUGGUAAAUGUUACCAAAAGAAAAGCGUUGAAUAUCCAACGAAACCAUCAGAUUAUCUGUGUGAAUGCAAGGCUCCGUUCUCAGGAAACUUGUGCGAAAUUCGUCCAAAUCCAUGCGAUGAACGGCCAUGUUAUUUAGGUCUCACGUGCUCACCCGCUCAGAAUUCCGAAGGAUUUACUUGUGAAACUUGCCCGCCUUUAUUCAAAGGAGAUGGGAAAACCUGUGAACUUGAUACUACCAAAGAAAAAAAUUCUGUGGACUCUUCAAUUAAACUGACGAACCAACAAUGGAAUGAAAAAUUGGCAAAGAAAACAUCGAAAGAAUAUAAGAAUCUCGUUUCUCGACUUAUUGCGGAGAUCAGAGAUAUUUACAAACAACUUCCCGGAUUUAGUUUUGUCAUGGUUAAAGAGCUCAGGUAUGAUUUUUUAAGAUAACUGUUGAUAUGUGAUUGGCAAGUAUGC